AUGGCGUCUGCACCACCCAUAGCUAACUGGCAAGCGUUGGCCAAAUCGAAACGAGAAUCAGUCUUUGCCAAAAUCCCAAAAGACUGGCUUCUCCCCACAUCUCAGACAUCCCAGUACACUGAAACCUCGAGCAUCUCUGUGCUAGACGUACCUCGAACAUGUGGUAUUUUGACAGAGAAAGAGCUAGAUAUCACCGAGAAUUAUGAUGUUACAGAUCUGGUCAAGAUGAUGUCUGAGGGGCAGUUAAAGAGCAUGGAAGUGGUGACAGCAUUUUGCAAGAGAGCGGCGGUCGCCCAGCAGUGUGUUAAUUGUCUUACAGAGAUUAUGUUCGACGAGGCAUUGGCUAGGGCAAGAGAGUGCGAUGAGUAUUUGGAGAAAGAAGGAAAGGUGCUGGGACCGCUGCACGGGUUACCCAUCAGUCUGAAGGACUCUUUCAAUGUGCGAGGCGUACAAGCAACACUCGGAUAUGUAUCCUUCAUCCCCCAUCCCCCGGCUGCCACGAACUCGGCCUUGGUCACCGCCCUACACUCCCUCGGUGCAGUCUUCUAUUGUAAAACCAAUCUACCCCAAACCAUGAUGACAGCAGACAGUCAAAACAACAUCUUUGGGCGCACCUUGAAUCCAAAUAAAUUAUCGCAUACCGCCGGCGGCUCCACUGGUGGUGAAGGCGCACUCAUUGCCAUGAAAGGCAGCAUAAUGGGCGUAGCCACGGACGUUGCCGGCUCGAACCGCAUUCCUGCCAUAUGCUGCGGCGGUGCCUCUCUGAAACCCACGGCAGGCCGUGUUCCCUUUGCCGGUGGAGCAGCUGUCGGUCGUCUAGGCUCUCCUGGCUCAGUACCCGUAGUCAUUGGCCCCUGUGGCCGCACCACCCGCGACUUUGCCCUAUUUCUCCAGUCCAUAAGCAGCACACAGCCUUGGCUUCUCGAUCCAAAUAGUCUGAACGUGCCCUGGCGUUCCGUGCAGCCAUCCACGCAACCCUUGCGCUUUGGACUAAUCCGUGGCUGCAAAGAACGACCUUUGCAUCCGCCCAUCGCCCGAGCGCUGCACUCUACGGCUAUGAAAUUGAAAGCUGAGGGACACGAGAUUGUACUUUUGGACGAGAAGAUACCAGAUCUGUACCAGACAGCUAUGCUGGCGUGGAAAUUCUUUAUGCUUGACCCCCGCAAAACACCUUUCCAGUACAUCAAGGCAAGCGGUGAGCCGGUUAUUCCAUCGAUCGCGACAGCCGGUUUCCCUGAAUUGAAGGAUUGGCAGGCAAGUCUGGAUGAGUUGUGGGACAUGAAUGUAGAGAAGGGCCGUAUACUCAACCAGUUCCACAAACUCAUGGUUGGUGAGCAGGCAGAAGAAGGCACUAUCCAGAAAGCACUCGAUGCGAUUCUCAUGCCAGGAUAUCAAAGCGUGGCACCAAAACAUGACACCUAUGGUCUGCCAAUCUACACAGUCGUUGUCAAUUUGCUCAAUUAUCCAAGCGGCAUUCUGAACGUGGGCAAGGCUGAUAAGGAGCAAGACAAGGAGUUCGUGAAGGAGGGUGUGAUAUAUGAGCCCCCAUAUGAGCCAGAGGAGUGUGAAGGUUUACCAACACAUGUGCAGAUUGUAGGAAAGAGUAUGAUGGAUGAGGAGCUAGUCGAAAUAAUGAAGGUUGUAGAGAAGCUUCUAUAA